UACAAAGAAGAAACGACGAAAAGAAAAGAAAAGUUCAGAAAGGAAAAGAAAAGCAGCUGUGGCAAGUGCCAAGAAGGAGAGUGAAAAUUAUUCGGUGAGGAGCUGAAAACGCAUUGACAGGCGGCUACAUAACAAUAGCUAAAGGCAACGCCUUGGAGCAACAAGAACAACAGCAAUAACAACAAGAGGAGGCAGCAAAAAAUAAAGUGGCAACACUGCAUCAUUUAUCAACGCAUCAUAGCUGAGAGGCACCCAGGCAGACAUAUGUACGCUCCAAGCUCUGAAAGGAUCCAGCGUGUUCAUUCAAAAAGCCAUUAACCCUAAUAAGCAACAGCCCAUAUAAUAGUAACCACUCCAGUCUUCAACACGAUUUCUUAGAAUAGUGCAUCGACGUGCCGCUGCAGCUGUUGCUGCUCCUGCUGCUGCUGCUGAUGCUAAUGCUAAUGCCGAGGCUGAUGCCACUGAUGUUGCUGUUGCCCCUGUUGCUGUCGCAUUGUGUGCGAUUGUAGGAGAAAACGUGUUGAGCUACAACAUCACAACAAGAGCCAUUGAGCUAGAUAGGAGAUAGGAGUGAGAGUAGAAGAGAAGAAGAAGCCACCACCACCAACACAGAAAUAAUGCCGCCACGACUGCUGCCCCCCAUGCAUUUGAUGGAACUGCGGAUCCUGCUGCUUUGCCUGCCAACAUUGCUGCUGGCCACCACUUUGGAGCCAGAUCAAAAGUCAAUACUCACAGAUAACGAUUGGAAGAAACUAUGGAUGCGCGGCGGUAUAAAUGCCGAUUCAAAAUUGGAUAAUAAUCUCGACUCGAGCGACAGUCCAAUGUUCGAAGACAGUGAGCUGAUGGCGCACAAUACAACCGUCCAGCUUGGUGGCACCGCCUUUCUGGUCUGCAAAGUCUCCGGCGUGGAUAGAGUGGGUGUAAAUUGGAAUCAGAUUUCUUGGAUACGCCGUCGGGACUGGCAUAUAUUAUCAUCGGGUGCCCAACUCUAUACAAAUGAUGAGCGUUUCGCGAUACUCCAUACGCCUGGCUCCAACAUGUGGACGCUGCAGAUAAAGUUUGUUCAGCGACGGGAUCACGGCAUGUACGAGUGCCAGGUCUCCACACCAACUGGCAUCAUUUCGCACUUUGUGAAUUUGCAAGUAGUUGUACCAGAGGCCUUCAUCCUUGGCUCCGGUGAAUUGCAUGUCGACAUGGGCUCAACAAUCAAUUUGGUUUGCAUUAUUGAAAAGAGUCCUACACCACCGCAGUAUGUUUACUGGCAGAAAAACGAUCGUCUGAUCAACUAUUAUGAUGCAAGACGAGAUAUAUCGAUUGAGACAACACCUGGUCCAAGAACCCAGAGUCGUUUGAUAAUACGCGAACCACAAAUCACCGAUUCGGGCAACUACACCUGCUCGGCCAGUAAUACCGAACCAGCCAGCAUUUAUGUAUUCGUAUCAAAAGGCGACAAUAUGGCGGCCAUAUCGCGACGCAAGACCUCCUCGGCUGAUCGCCUGGCGCAUAUAUUUAGGUCAAUGCUGGCACCCUGCCUCUUGCUGAACACGGUUGUUGUGAGACGUAUUUUUCUCACCUAAGAACCUAAAUACCGACACACAUAUAUAUAGUUCUAUAUAUUAAUUUAAAGAAGUUAAAUGUGCAAAGCAAGUGAAAUGACCGAGAAGCGAUGAAAUAAAAGAAGAGAGAGAACAAAAUCCUAUCUAAGCUAUAUUUCAAUGUUAGUUCUUAAACCAAACAAAAUCUAAAAACAAAAAUCAUUACAAAAAUAAUGGAAAAACCUAAAAAAAAAAAGAAACAGAAGCACAUAUUUAAGCUAAGCUCGGUUCAAGUGUAAAAAAAAAAUCAAGUUAAUUGAGUAAAUCAAUCAGAAAAACCAAAAUAUAGUAUGUGUGUGUAUGUAUG